AUGGGCGUCAUCAAUUUCCUCUCAUUGGCGGCUGCCGCCGUUCUUUUGGUGAAGGCAAACGGGGAGGAACCGUCGGCCGCUAAAAACACUGCCGUGAGGGUAAACUGCUCAUCACCGAUGAACGCAGCUCGGAGUGCCGCAGGCUUCAGUGCACUCGAAGUAGCAGCAGAUAAUUCUGGACAACUACCAAUUCAUUCAGCAGACAGCGCAAGUCACUCUGACGAUUCCAGUGGAAAAACGCCAAACGAUGAUUACCUGACGGACGUUUGCGAUGCAAUGAAGAAGGAACAGAUGCCAGAUGCUGUAGAGGAAAUUACACCAGAUGGUACCUACGCCUACGCAGUGCAAGAAGGAACCGAUGCCGACUGCGAGGCCGCAGUGGCUUACUGGAAAGAAGCCUUCACCAACUUCGACGGCCUGCCUCCAGCUAACAGCACCGAGGCAUCUGUGUACACCAGCGCCCAAAAUGUCUCUUUCAUCUCCCUGUUCAACCCCAAGGAGAGUCCCAAGGUGGACUGCGCGCAAAAACGGGGAGCGGGGGAAGCACAGCAGACAAGGAAUUGA